GCGGAGACAGGCUGCAACUUCACCUCAUAACACCAAGAUUGGAGUGUGGAGUGGGAGGAGAGACCGGAAAGAGAGAACAAAGAUCGGUGGCAAAAAUAUGGUGACAAGAAAGAAACGAAAAAAACAGAGUUCUUCUUUAUUUAUUUUUACUAUAUUUGGCAGUAAAUCUCCACCUUUGAAUUCUAAUGCUACAAUAGCGGACUGCUACCAGUUACAAACUCUUUUUUCUUCUUGUCUUUCUUUCGUUUCUGUCUUCCCCUCCAUUUCUUAUGUUGUUGAUACCAAGAACCCAAAAUUUUGGAUAAUACAUUUUACGUGCUCGUUUUCCGCUGAUAGCAGUUAAGAAAUACAUUGGAUAAAGAGUGAAAAGUAGAGGAAAUUAAAUGCGCCUCCCUGGAUUUUUUCUGCUCCAUCAUAAAUCUCUGGGCGUUCCUAGACAAUGAUAUAAUGGAGAAGUGGAUAUAGAAUGAGGCAUCAAUCAUGGAUGAUUCAAAAUCAGACCAAGGGAAAAAUCCUUUUAGUAGCUUAAAUCAGAUUAAGGUUAGGCAAGGUUCUUCUGAUGGACCUGCACGUGUGAAGGGAUCAGAUGCAGCUGUGAUCGAUACAGGCUCGCCAAUUGCAUCUGUGAGAGAUGCUGUGUCCAAGUUUGGUGGCUCACCAAUGGGAUCUGUCCGAGAUGCUGUGUCCAAGUUUGGUGGAGCUACAAACUGGAAAGCCAACAGAAGCCCGUCGAUGGAGAGACGAAAAAGUUUUCAAGAAUCUGAGAAAGUGCACGAAGAGAAACCAGUUCUGAAGAAACAGUUAGAAACAAUUGAAGAACCAAAGACUCCGUUCAUUGAGAAAAGAAAAAGUUUUCAAGAACGUGAGAAAGCCAAGGAAGACACACCUGUUCUCAAGAAAGAAACAGAGACACCUGUUCUCAAGAAACAACAAGAAUCAGUUGAAGGAUCAAAGAAUCAAAAAUUUAUUGAGAAACUAAAAAGUUUUCAAGAACCUGAGAAAGUACAAGAAGAGAAACCUGUUCUCAAGAAACCGCCGGAAACAUCUGACGAAUCCAAAAAUAAGAAAUUUGUUGAGAGGUUAAAAAGUUUUCAAGAAUCGGAAACAGUGCAAGAUAAGAAACCUGUUCUCAAGAAACAACCGGAAACAACUGGGGAAUCAACGAAUCAAAAAUUUAUUGAGAAACGGAAAAGUUUUCAAGAAUCUGAUAAAGUGCAAGAAGAGAAACCUGUUAUCAGGAAAAAGUCGGAGUCGGAAACAACUGAAGAAUUGAAUCAGAAAUUUGUUGAGAGAAGAAAAAGUUUUCAAGAACCUGAGAAAAUGCAUGAAGAGAGACCUGUUCUUGGAAAACAGUCGGAAACAAAUGAAAAACCAGGGACUCCGAAAUUUGUUGAGAGACGUAAAAGUUUUCAAGAACAUGAGAAAGAGUUGGAAGAGAGACAUGUUGCAAAGAAACAGUUGGAAACAGCUGAAGAAUCGAAAAAUCAAAAAUUUAUGGAGAGAAGAAAAAGUUUUCAAGGACCCGAGAAAGUGCAGGAUGAUCGGAUAUUUAUGGAGAGACGAAGAAGUUUUCAAGAAGGUCAGAAAGUGCCCGAGGAGAAAUCUAUCCUCAAUAAACAAUCAGAAACAACUGGAGAUCCGAAAAAGAAGACAUUAAAGGAGAGACAAAAAAGUCUUGAGAGAGUGCAUGAGGAUGUACCUGUUCUCAAGAAGCAGUGUGAAAGAGCUGAAGAAGCGAAGAAUCUUAUAUUAAAGGAUCUAAAUAGGAUUACGAAGCUUAUAGAAGAUCAUAAACUCAACCUAGAGAAAGCACAAAAGGAAGAGCAGCAAGCAAAACAGGACUCUGAAAUUGCCAAACGUAGGGUGGAAGAGAUGGAGAAAGAGAUUGCUAACGGGGCUAGUGUUGGAGCCAAGGCACAGCUUGAGGUUGCCAAGGGCAGGACUUUAGCGGCCGCAUCAGACUUGCAAGCUUUAAAAGAUGAGUUGAAUACACUGCGCAAGGAUUAUGCUUCACUGAUGAAGGAUCAAGAUACAGCUGCAAAAAAAGCCGAGAAGACUGUUUCUGCUACAAAGGAAGUUGAGGAGACAGUUGAGAACUUGACUAUCGAGCUGAUGAAAACCAAAGCAUCCUUGGAGUCUGCACGUGCAGCCAAGUCAGAGGCGGGGGAACAUAGAACUGAAGCAGCUAAGGCACGAAAACAGGAUAUUUUUAAUCUAGAGAAGGAAUUGAAGCAGGCAGAAGAGGAGCUGCAGAAACUAAACCAAAAAUGCUCGUCAACCAAGGAUUACAGUUCAAAGCUAGAUACUUCCACAGCUUUGUUGCAUGAAUUAAAAGCUGAGUUAGCUGCAUACAUGGAAACAAAACAGAAGUCAGAAACUUGUGAAAAUUUAAACAAAACCCUUGGGGAACAGGACAAGAAUGCUGAUUAUGGCGUGCUCGCAGCAAUUGCUACAGCCAGAAAGAAUCUUAGAAAAGUGAAGCACGACACUGAUAAAGCAAAAACUGAAUUAAAUUUGCUCAAAGAAGCUGGCACACCGUUAAAGUCGCAGUUAGAAAGUGAAAAGUUGGCACUAGAAACCAUUAGGAAGAAAGAAGAAAUGUUGUCAGUUACAGUUGCUUCUACUGAAUCUAAGCUUAAGAGGACGAUGGCAGAGAUUUCUCCUAUUCAGGCGAAGCAGAGAAAAGCGAGAGCAGAUAUGGUUGAGAUAUUUGAGAAAUUACAGAAAGCGUCUGAAGACGCAGAUGAAGCCAAAUCAUGUGCUAAAGUUGCUCGUGAAGAGUUCCAGAAAGCAAUUGAGGAAGCAGAUCAAGCAAAGUCAAGAGCAGAUACUAUCGAGGGCAAACUUGUUGCAGCUAAAAAGGAAAUAGAGGCUGCCAAGGCAGCAGAGAAUCUGGCUUUAGCAGCAAUUAACGCUUUACAAGAGACUGAAACAGCUCAAACUCCCAAGAAUAAGGAUUCGCGAAAUUUCAUUACACUUUCUUUGGAUGAGUACUACAAGUUUAAUAAGCAGGUCCAUGAAGCAGAAGUACAAGCAGACCUGAGAGUGGCCGAAUCUGUCUCUCAUGCUGAGGCAGCAGAGCAAUCUAAGACCAGAAGUUUGAGCAAGUUAGAGGAAAUUUCUUCGGAGUUGGCCAGUAAGAAGGAAGCACUGGAAAUAGCAAGACAGAAGGCUGAAAAAGCCAAUGAGAGGAAGUUGAGUGUAGAACAGGAGUUGGCAGACAGGGUAAAUCAUGAACAACAACUAUCUUGUAAAUUAGAUAACCGAAACAUAAGUCCAAGAGUAACCUCUGGAAAAGCCACAAAAUCCAAGAAUAUUGCUGAGUCAGAGGCUGUAGCCACCCAUUCUGGACCAAACCCCAAAGCAUCCCAGGUGAGCAAUGGUGAUACUGAUUCAUCUUCUAAAGGAAAAAAGAAAAAGAAGAAGUCAAUGAUCCCGCGUUUCUUCAUGUUCUUGGGCAAGAAGAAGUCCCAAUCUAAAGGAAAUUAAUCUCUUGGCGAAACUUGAAGUUAAUGUCGUUGUAUCCCAUUCAUCCUUAGCAGCCACUCCUUACUCAACGCAUUCUCCUACCUGCCUGAUUACCAUUUAUCCUUAGCAGACCCUCGUUACAAGGUAAUUCUGGAAAACAAAAGUUCAUCAUUUGAAAAUGUAUUCUGUUGUUAAGGCUAAUUUGUAAUGUGUCCUGCCAACGUUAAUCCGGCUCCCGUUAAAUGCUUAAUAAUUUAACAAGCAGCUGGGAGCAGGAUGCUUGAUCACAGAAAAAUUAAUGAUAAAUGCAAGAAAUUCAGAUUUUAC